AUUCUGGACACCUUUCUCGGCGAGCAAAGCGGUUUGCUAGCUAGGUUCCGGGGGCCUGGGAGUGUCAUUGGGGGAUGACCGCAGCCCUAGCUGCUGCAGCUGCCACCGCGAUCAUGGUCUCCGGCAGCAACGGCCUCGCAGCCGCCCGCCUGCUCUCGCGCACCUUCCUCCUGCAGCAGAAUGGGAUACGGCACAGCUCUUAUACAGCUUCCUGGAAGCAUCUCUAUAUUGACAAAAACACGAAGGUCAUUUGCCAGGGUUUCACUGGCAAGCAGGGCACCUUUCAUAGCCAGCAGGCCUUGGAUUAUGGCACCAAACUCGUGGGAGGAACCACGCCAGGGAAGGGUGGCAAGACACACCUGGGCUUGCCCGUCUUUAAUACUGUGAAGGAAGCCAAAGAGAAAACAGGAGCGACGGCUUCUGUUAUUUAUGUGCCUCCUCCUUUUGCUGCUGCCGCCAUUGAUGAAGCAAUUGAUGCAGAGAUUCCCUUGGUUGUGUGCAUCACUGAAGGCAUCCCGCAGCAGGAUAUGGUACGGGUCAGGCACAAACUGACGCGCCAGGGAACGACCAGGCUGAUUGGGCCAAACUGCCCUGGAGUCAUCAAUCCCGGAGAAUGCAAAAUUGGCAUCAUGCCUGGCCAUAUUCACAAGAAAGGAAAGAUAGGUAUUGUGUCCAGAUCCGGCACACUGACUUACGAAGCAGUUCACCAAACGACCCAAGUUGGCCUGGGGCAGUCCUUGUGCAUUGGCAUUGGAGGUGACCCCUUUAAUGGGACAAAUUUUAUUGAUUGCCUUGAUGUCUUCCUCAAUGAUCCAGCCACAAAAGGCAUCAUACUGAUUGGUGAAAUUGGUGGUCAUGCUGAAGAACAUGCUGCCGAAUUCCUGAAGGAACAUAACUCAGGUCCAAAUGCCAAGCCUGUAGUGUCCUUCAUUGCUGGUAUAACUGCUCCUCCUGGCAGAAGGAUGGGCCAUGCAGGGGCAAUUAUUGCUGGAGGAAAAGGUGGCGCUAAAGAGAAGAUCUCUGCCCUUCAGAGUGCAGGGGUUGUUGUCAGCAUGUCCCCUGCACAGCUGGGGACCACCAUGUAUAAGGAAUUUGAAAAGAGGAAGAUGCUCUGAAGGACACCGUGAAGUUCUCUAACUGAAGUUCUCUAACGCAGUGCAAGGACUCGCCUAGGCUGAGAACCAGUCCAGAGUUGUGAGCCCAUGCAUCUCAUGCUGGCCUCUCAGUCCGCGGGAAGCCCAGGCAAAUCUUAGAAAGUCCUAAAUUGACCUAUUUUCACUUACUGUGUAACAGAGACAUAAUAAAUCUAUCAUUUGAUUUGAA